AUGACUCCUAAACUGUCAAAAAUGUUCCCUGAAUCCUGUCUCCUUAUAUUCGUGGGGGUGCUGAUUGGGGCCCUGCUGCUAAGCACUCAUAGUGUCCACGUACAGCCACUAACACCAGACACAUUCUUUCUCUACAUGCUUCCACCAAUAAUCCUGGACGCUGGCUACUUUAUGCCCAACAGGUUAUUCUUCGACCACUUGGGUACAAUACUUCUGUUCGCUGUCGUUGGAACAGUAUUCAAUACAUUGACUAUUGGUCUAUCCCUCUGGGCGUGUGGACAAACAGGCAUGUUUGCAUUCCAAACCCCGCUACUGGACAUGUUACUGUUCUCAGCUUUAAUAUCGGCUGUGGACCCGGUCGCGGUGUUAGCUGUUUUCGAAGAAAUUCAUGUAGACGAAAUUUUGUAUAUAGUAGUGUUCGGAGAAUCACUUUUGAACGACGCAGUAACCGUCGUUUUGUAUCACAUGUUCGAGGCUUAUACUGAAAUGGGACCAUCAAAAUUGAUGUAUACAGACUUUCUCGCUGGUUUCGGAUCAUUUAUAGUAGUGGCCUUCGGUGGGACGUGUAUUGGGGUGGUGUGGGGUUUUGCAACUGGCCUCGUGACACGAUUCACCCAUGAAGUUAGAGUUAUUGAACCGAUUUUCAUCUUUGUAAUGGCGUAUCUGGCGUACUUAAACGCUGAGAUGUUUCAUAUGAGCGGGAUACUUGCAAUCACAUUUUGCGGGAUCACAAUGAAGAAUUAUGUCGAAGCCAAUAUAUCGCACAAAUCUCACACAACAAUUAAAUAUACAAUGAAAAUGUUGUCGUCAUCAUCUGAAACUAUUAUUUUUAUGUUCCUCGGUGUUGCCACUGUGAAUAAUAAUCAUGUUUGGAACACUUGGUUUGUUCUAUUGACCAUAGUUUUCUGUUCCGUGUUUCGUAUUAUAGGAGUGUAUAUAUUAAGCGCGGUAGCAAAUAAGUUUAGAUUGCACAAAUUAAAAACUGUUGAAAAGUUCGUCAUGUCUUACGGAGGUUUAAGAGGUGCGGUGGCAUUUGCGUUGGUGCUAUUAAUAGACCCAAAAGUGGUGAAACUACAACCCAUGUUUGUGACGACCACUAUAGCGGUCAUCUAUUUCACUGUCUUCAUACAAGGCAUCACAAUAAAACCAUUGGUGAAGAUACUCAACGUAAAAACUGUGGAGAAGCGCAAACCGACAAUGAACGAGAGGAUUCAUGAAAGGUUUAUGGAUCACCUCAUGGCAGGCAUUGAAGAUAUUUUAGGAAAACAUGGCAAUCACCAUAUACGUGAUAAGUUCAAGAGGUUCGAUAAUCGGUUUAUUAGGCCAUUUUUACUACGCAAUUAUCAGGGUGCCGAGCCAAAGAUUCUAGAAACAUAUUCCAAGUUGGCCAUGAGAGAUGCCAUAGAGUACAUGCAGAGAAACGCCUCAACAAUUGGUAACAUUUCCGGCGCUGAGUCAAUGUCGGCUAUAUUUAAGAAUUAUACUAAUGCCAAUUUAAAUGGAAGUCCAAGUUUCAGUCAAUUAGAUUCGUCUACGUGGAACAUAGACAUGCAAGAAUUGGAAUAUAAUCCGUCCAAAAAGGAUUUGACCGAUGCAAGAAUUCACCACCUACUCGCUGAAGAGUUGUGUAAACCUUAUAGACGGCAUCGCCGUUUGAGCUACAGCCGUCACGCUGUGAACGACCGCGAUUUGGGCAUGCAAGUGAAUUACAAAACGCACAUGAAUAUACGUCGAUUAGUCGGUGAUAGAAAGCAUCACCACAAGCGCAGUAAGCGUGGGAAACAGGAUGGCAAAAAUGUAUCCUUCCCCGAAUUCCAGCAAAAUGGUUCGGCCAAACAGUUCACGCACGGUAAAAAAAAGUAUUAUAGAUUAGAUUAUAUUGAUGAAGUGUUGCAAGAGGAUGAUGAGACUCCACGGCGGGACAAUGAUGAUGGUGGUAUUACCUUCACUGCCAAAUCUCCACCUGGAUUUAAAGAAGUCAGUCCAACGUCCUCUCAUAAGGAAAAUAGUAGUUCUCUCCUGAACCAAUUAGCAAAUUUGCCCGGAUUUAACCCUUUGAAGGCAAGGAUCGUUAAACAAUACGUUAAGACACCAGAGGAAAUUCUACCGACGGCUGUUGAAAAGUCUUUGCCGUGGAGAAGAGACCGAUCUACUUACAACUUUGUACCUAACGAAGAUAUACUUGAAGAAGAUGAAAGGAGAAUGUCGGACGAACACGAUACAUACAUGGCUGUAAUCGAACAAGCGAGAGUUGCAACCCCAACAGCAACGGAAACCAUGUUGCCAUGGAAACGAGAUGACACAGAGGGUAGCGGCGCCCUUAAACAAUCCGAAUUCCCCUCUUGGGCCUCUAAUAAGGAGUAUCUGGCUUACAGUUCACCCUCGGCUACAUAUUUGGGUGGAAUAGAGAAGCCAAAACAUCCAAAAUCUAUCAUAGGUCUAUUCCGAAGAGAGAGUUGUAGCUCUACCCAGGGUGGAGGGGAGAUACUUUUGUCAGAUUCGGAGGGAAAAGCAGAUUCUCUCAAGGGCGAUAGUUCUUCGUCAAAGGGUGAACCUUCAACGGCGAGGCAUGCGCCCAGCAUGCUGUCAAAAAGGAGUACCAGCCUUGGUGGACCAAGUGUGUUGUUAAUGGAGGACGUGGCUCAUUCAGACCCAUUAGGGGCGUCGUCCAGACCUGCAAAUAUACUGCAAGGUCCACAUCGGGGACAAUGUAGAAGAGGAUCUAUGUUGGAGCUUACUGGAUCUCUAUCAAGAGAUGCCAUCACCGAAGAGAAAUGUAGCAAGUCCUUACCCGAGAGUGAGCGUAUGGGUAUCCGCCGCCUCGCUUUAGGCCAACAAACCCUACCGCGCGACUCUUUCAGCCGUCAGCAUACCACACACCUAACCAGCUCAUCAUCAGAUGACUCUUCCGAUGAAAACACCUGA